GUACAUAACGAGUGACUACGCCAGCGCCGCACGACAAACAGUAGAACAGUUAUCCACGCAGACGCGUUCGUUGCUUAAGGAGCGAUCCACUGGAAUUUUUAAUUAAUUAAGAGACUGCCGUCUUUCUCCUAGACGGCCGCGAAAACUGACGGCACAUUGAAGCGAACGCCCGCGAGCGUGACUAAUGACGAAUUAACGACGUACGUUUCCCUCGUUAACGUAGUACGCUGUGCUAAUUGUAAUUAACUCACACCGCUAUGGUCGUGAGCGGUAACAAUGCGUGAAGCUGGAACGGCUGCUGCUGCUGCUGCUGCUCUACCGUUACCUUGACAGUGAUGCAUGGUGAUGAUGGUGGGCUGGGUGUGAUAGCUGGCCACCACCGUUGCUGCUCUUCGUCUUUCGUGUUCUUGCAAUAUAUCGUGUGAUUACUCGGUGUGGGGAUCGCAUUCGCCGACGAACGAGUGAAUUCGUCACGCCAGAUCCCUCGCGAAGUACUUCUGUUCUCUCUGGCUGUGUGAGCUCUGUUCUGUGGAACCCCGUAGUUCACCCGCUUCUCUCGCUCUCUCCGUAUGUCGCUCUGUCUUCGCUGGCCGAACUUUCUCGGAUGAGAUACGGUAGUAGUGCGUGCGUUGUGUCCAGGAUGAGUGAUCCAGCCAGAAAAGGUCUCGUUCGCUGACGACAGGGACGAGAAGAAAGACGUGUGUGUCGUUACCAGGUGGUGAUACGGAGGGAAGGCGGUCGGAUGUAUAUAUAUCUGUGAUCUCGUGAUUAUUGUGUAUGCUGAAAAAACUCACCCAGGGAUGAUGAAGUGGUCGAACUCUCCUAAACCAAAGACCAAGGCAUACUACCGCCAGGGGGUAGCACUGCAGUGCCUCAGUCGUUACUACGAUGCCUUGGCGGCGUUUGCAUCGGGGCUGGCCCAGGAUGUGAAGAGCAUACAGCUGCUGGCAGGACUGGUGGAGACGGCGCUCAAGUCUCCUCUCAAAGAGACGUUCGAGCCCGUCUACCAUCAACUACAGAAGAUGAAACUCGACAAAAGUCCGUUCGUCGUCACGUCUGUCGUCGGCCAGGGGCUGCUGUCCGUCGGCGCCCACCCCGCCGCCGCCGUCGUCCUGGAAUCGGCACUCCGCGUCGGCACAUGCAGCCUCAAACUGCGCGGAUCCGUCCUAUCAGCCCUCAGCAGCGCCUACUGGUUGCUAGGCAACGUGACGCGCGCCAUCGCGUACAUGCAGCAGGAUUUGACGGCGGCGCGUUCGCUGGGCGACCACGCCGGAGAGUGUCGCGUGCACGGGAACCUCGGCUCGGCGCAUUUCUACGCGGGAGCGUACACACUCGCACUCAACCACCACCGCUUCCAGCUAGUGCUAGCGAUGAAACUACAGGCACGGGAUGCAGCCUCGCAGGCGCUUGCAAGCCUCGGGCAUGUGUACACAGCCGUCGGAGACUACCCGAAUGCACUCGCCAGCCACAAGCAGUGUGUCGUGCUCGUGCGACAGCGGGGUGACCAACUCGCGGAGGCGCGAGAGAUUGGAAACGUCGGUGCCGUUUAUCUGGCGAUGGCGGACUUCGAUUCGGCGGUGGAGUGUCAUAAGGAGCACCUGAAGAUUGCGACGGAGAUGAGGAAUCGCAUGGAGGAAGCGAGAGCGUACAGUAAUCUUGGCAGCGCGCACCACUACCGACGCAACUUCGAUCAGGCGAUCACGUUCCACAAUAACGUGCUCAAGGUGGCGGUGGAGGUCGGUGGACCGGACGGGCUGGAGGCACGUGCGUACGCGGGGCUCUGGGACAGGUGGCUGAGAAGAGCUCUCCACCUAGGCAUCAUCUUCCAGCUGCUAGGUCAGUACGAACCAGCCUUGAAGCUACACAGUGCCCACCUGCGCAUCGCUCAGGCUCUCAAGGACCAGGCAAGCCAGGGCCGAGCCUACGGAAACAUAGGUAACUACGAACAGCCAUCUGUCGUGCUGGAGCACCAGCUGCGCAUUGCUCAGGAGAAAGCGGACAAGAGCGAAGGAGACGCCGCGUGCGGACUGGGCGGGGUCUACCAGCAGAUGGGAGAGUACGACACGGCGCUGCGUUACCACAGGCGUGUCGCACGAGAUCGUCGCUCUGGUAACUUCGAGCCAGGCCUGGGUCCAAUACCCAGGAGCGAACGGACUCAGCAAUCGCCCGCUCAGAUGAACGAUCGAGUCGGGAAAGUCACUCGCUAUUACAGCAGUCCAGGGCGCGUGCACCACGCUCUCGGCAACUACCCGCAGGCGGUCUCCUACCUCCAGCAGGCGUUACAGAUAGCCGAGCAGCUGGGCAGGCGUGAGGACGAAGCUAAGAUACGUCAUCGUCUCGGCCUCGCGCUGUGGGGUCACAGGGAGCUGGAGGAGGCACAGACGCAACUGUACAAGGCAGCAGAUCUGUUUGAGAGUCACCGACGAGAGUCGCACACGAGCAACGAGUACAAGCUGUCUCUGUUCGACCUGCAGACUGCCUCAUAUCAAGCCCUACAGAGAGUUCUCGUCGCGUUGAAUCGCACGACGGAGGCGCUGGUCGUUGCCGAGCGCGGUCGGACGCGAGCCUUCGUCGACCUGCUGCUCGAACGACAGGCAGGUGGCGCCACCGGCGUCGGCCCCGAGAUGUGCGCCAGCACGCCGGCGACGGUCGAGCAGAUAGUUGAUGUUGUGAGCCAGCAGAGGGCGUCGGUGCUGUAUUACUCGCUCGUCGCUGGUUUCCUCUACAGCUGGCUCAUCCUGCCUGACAUAGGAGUCGUGAAGUUCCACCAGUGUUCGCUGAGUGACCUUGACCAGGAUGACGAUGGCCGCUCGGACGUCGACGGUCAGAUCAUGUCCACUGCGACUGUGUCCACACUUGACCAGUGCAUCACCGAUGUUCGGGAGGCGCUCGGAGUGGAGACAACGCUGUCAGGGGCUGCAAGGUCGUCUGAGGCGCUCAGCGAGACCGAGACGGAGGCGGACGACGUGUGGCAGCAGCAGCAGCAGCAGCAGCAGCGCCACGACGGCGGCAAGGACCGCAGCAGCAGCGACUUCCUUCGCAUGACCAGCCGCAGCCACGUGUGCAACAGCAGCAGCUACAGCCUGUACAGCGCCAGCGGCAGCGUCUCCAGCAGCGGCGGCGGCGGCGGCAACAACAGCCGCGCGGGCAGCCUGCAGCGUCGUCACGGCAACAACACCGACAACAACAACGCGUGGGCGAACCAGCCCGUGCGCGAACUCUACGCGACCCUCGUCGCUCCCUUCGAGGACCUUCUCAUGAAACACAACGGGCGUCACACGCGCCGACGCGAGCUCGUUCUCGUGUUGCAGGGCGACCUCUACCUCGUCCCGUUCGCCGUGCUGCGCGGGGAGAACGACAGCGAGUAUCUCUACGAGCGUUUCGCCGUCGUCGUCGUGCCGUCGAUACGCGACAUGGCGGCGAGCGCAGCCGGCCGCGGCGGCGGCGGCGGCGGCGAGACGGUCCCCGCUCUCGUCUUCGGGAACCCGCUGCUGCCUGCGUCCGUCGGGGAGAAGUGGCGCGGGGUCGGCGAGGAGGAGGUCGGAGCCGAGAUGGAGACGGUGGCCGAGCUCCUCGGCACGCGCUGCAUCGCCGGGGUCGACGCGACGAAGGAAGAGCUGCUGCGGCGCGUCGCAAACGCCGAGUGCCUCCACCUGGCGGCGCGCGUUUCCUGGAAGCUGUCGGCGAUCGUGCUCGCGCCGCGCGCGGCCGCGGUGGCGCCCCCCGGCGGCGAGGAGGACGGGGAGGCGGAGCUGCACGACAGCGGCAGCGAGGUCGGGUCCUCGCUCGCGGCGCCCCCUGCGCUCGCGGACUUCCUGCUGACGGCGGCGGACAUCUUGGACGUUCGCUUGUCCGCGAAACUCGUCGUGCUGACGGGGGGCGACGCGCGGGCGAGCGCGGACGGCGUCGUCGGCCUCACGAGGGCGCUGCUAGCGGCCGGGGCGCAGUGCGUCGUCGUGCCGCUGUGGCCGGCGCCGGGUGAGGCGACACACCUACUCAUGAAGACCUUCUACACAUCGCUGCUACAAGGCUCGCGCGUCAGUCACGCGCUCUGCGAGGCGAUGCGAUUCGUGCGAAACACAAAGCAGUUUUCGCAUCCGUCUCACUGGGCCGGCUUCCUCAUCAUCGGCAGCGAUGUUAAGCUAACCAGCAAGGUCGCACAGAUGGGUCACUCGCUCUGCAACAUGAUCCAGGAUGCCGAGGGAUCGCGCGACGCCAUGAGGGUCGUGCUCCACCUGGUGGAGAAGUCACUGCAGAGAAUCAAUCGGGGCCUGAAGAAUCCGAUGUACACAACUCAGCAGAGCAUUGAACUCAAGGUUAGUGGAGCUAAUGGCUGGAAGGAACUGUUGAAAUCCGUUGGCUUUCGGUUUGAGACUGGGUCCAACGGCCUUCCUCCGUCCGUGUUCUUCCCGAUGAGUGAUCCAGGAGAGAGAUUGGUGCAGUGCAGCACAAGUCUACAGGCUCUGUUAGGGUUGUCGACCAGCACCUUGGUGGCUCUUUCCAAGCUGUUACCAUCACCAGAGUGUGCCCAGGCUCUCAGCAACACUCUUCGGCACGUGAUUGGUCAGUCGACGCCCAAGGACAAGGAGAUCAGCGUCCAGCUGCCGGUCAGCGUGAAGAUGUGGCGGCAGCCGGGCGGUCACGAAUUCCUCGCCUCUCUAGGGUUUGAGUUGCUUUGCUACACGUCAGAAGCACCCAAGCAGCUUCCGCUAGACAGCUGUAGCAGCAUGGAGAGUCUGGCUUCGUCGCAGAACGACACUCCCACGUCUCCCACCGCAUCGCCGACGACGCCGCCGCCGUCCCGCGACAGUCCGCCGGCAGGGGGCGACACCGAUCGCGCGGACGAACCGGCCGGUAUCACGCUCGCCCUGCAGCAUCAGUCCAGGAUUAGAGCGAUGUACAUCAGCACAGACAGUGGCGGCGACCGCAGCUCCAUCGGCAGCGACGGCCAACCGGGCGUCGUCGCACGCCUAGAGGGCGCUCCUGGCACCCGGCGCGCCCACGAGACGAUCUACGCGCGCUCGACUUCCCUCACCAACGGUUACCAUAGCGACACGGCCGCGCGCCACCACGACGCCAUAUACGGGAGCGCGCAGACGCGCAGGCGUGCCGCGCCCGUCGCCAACGGUUACCAUAGCGACGCGGGGAGGAGCCUGGAGCGGGGGCGGCAUCGCGGAGGAGGGGGGGAGUACGAGUACUUGAACGGCGUGUCGAAGAUGGCCGCCGCCGCGGAGCGAGACGAGCGCGUGAAGGACAUCCUUCAGACGUCGAUCGCGAACGACGCGUUCUGCGUCGACCCGCCGAGCCGCACGAACAGCACUGUCAGCCUCGUCCGCCAGGUGGCGCCGCGCGGCUCCAACACGUCGCUGUGCAGUUCGAAGACGGGAAGCAAUUCGGCGACCGACAUCGCUCUAAAGGUGCUCGCGGAGACGCAUCGUGAGAGGCAAGCCGUGGAGCAUCUCCACCAGACCUCUCUCAGCGAGACACGUCGCUUCGCUUUCUCCCAGCGGCAGUCGUUCGGCCGAGGCACCGACGGCAAAGGACCGCUGCGUCCUCGCCGCGAACACUACGCAGAACCCUACCUGUGUCCGCCCGAGCAGCAGCGCCCCCUGCUGGAGCAGCCGCCGCCGCUGCAGCGCCACCUGGGGGAGAGCGACGGCGAGCGGGGGAGCCACCGGCGAUCGAUCUCGCCGCUCGUGUCUGAGUCGUCGACGCCGGAAGCGGACGCGUACCGCCGCGUCGCGCCGCCGCCCGUCGUUGCCGCGGCGACGACCGGCCACGCGCGCCCGCCCGCCUACCACCAGGUGGUGCACGACCCGCCGACGUACGCAGACUACAUGAGCAGCCCCGGCGGCCACCGCCGCGGGUGGCCACUAGGGGGCUCCGGUUCCCUGCGCCGCGCCACCGCCGCCUCGUCGGAUUUCUCGGACUACCGCAGCAGCAUCGAGACGCUGACGGACGCGCACCAGCAGGGGGCGCUGACCGACGGUCAUCGCUCCUACUCGCAGUCCAGCCUCGGCUCGGACGGCUCGGCUAGUUCCGCCGGACGCUCGCGCGCCGCGCCGGCGCCCCCUCGCCGCCGCUCCUCGCUCAACAACGACGUGCGCGAACUGCGAAAGUCCUGCUACGAGCAGUUUCCGUCGCCGCCAGAGGGCGCCGUCGUCGCGCAGAGCGACGCCGAGCAGCGGCGGGACGGCCGCCGGCAGCAGGGGUCGAAGGUCACGGGCAUGGCGAAGUUUACGGUGUCGCGGACGUCGCCCGACUACAGCAAGGUGCGUGCGAGUCACGGCGUCAACGUGAACAGCGCCCCCUUGCAGCUGGCGGGCGGCGCGGCCCCCGCCGUCGCCGCGGCGACCAAGUCGCGCAAGAACUUUGUGAUCCAGAGCUCCCGCUGCUGA